GAGGAGAAGAAGAAACUAGAAGAAGAGGAGGAGGGGAGAAAACAAAGAGAAGAGAAAGAGAGACGGAAGAAAUUUGAGGAGGAGAAGAAGAGAAAAGAGGAGGAGGAGAGACGGAGACAGCAGGAGGAGCAGAGAAGAAAGGAGGAGGAGGAAAGGAAGAGGAUAGAGGCAGAAGAGCAGAGGAGAAGACAAGAAGAGGAGGAGGAGAGAAAGAGAAUAGAGGGGGAGAGAAAGAGAAAACUUCAGGAAGAGAUGAAAAGGAAAGAGGAAGAGAGAAAAAGGGAGGAGGAGAGGAGGAUAAAGGCAGCAGAGGGCAGCAGAGCGCUGCAGGAGGAGAAUGAGGAGGAGAGCGAGACCAGGGAGGUUCAGAGCACACACAGGCCUGGGCCACAUGAGACAGAGAACACGCACGUGAACCCUGCUGAGCAGAGAACACCGCUGAGCUCUGAUGAUGUGAGGCCUGACGAGCCCCAAGCCAGGACUACUGGCACUGCCCCACAAACGUCGAAUCGGCACCGCAGAGGAACCAACGGUCACCUGGAUCAACCCAGCCCCACAGGGAACGGUCAGUGUGUUGGGCCCCAAAGCGCCCACACUGUUGAGGCUGUGCUGGCCGGGCCUGUGUGCCUGCCCGAGGCCACGGAGCAGAAGCGUCUGGCCUGGAUGCUGAGCUGCAUCCCCUGGUCCAAGCUCUCCGUGCAGAACAAGAGGAAGUGCCCCCCGGGGCCACAGGCCAAGAGGAGAGGGCCCCGGAGGCCAACGCAGUCCAGCCUGCCGCCUCUGUCCGUGGACAUGGUCCUGCAGUCAGGGGCCUGGAGCUCCCUCACACAGGUCACUACUGUAAUGCUGGAGGACCUGCCGGGCUGCAGCUUGUCCACUCUGGCUGCUUGCGGUCAGCUGCAGUCCCUCAGUCUCCGGCGCUGUGGCCUCACCUCUCUGGAGGGACUCAGCUCCUGCACACAGCUCAGGCAGGUCGAUGUGCAGGAAAAUUCCAUCACGUACGUGGACUGUAGGGACCUGGCCCGGCUCCAGGUGCUGAGGCUGGGCAGGAACCAGCUGACCUCCAUCCACGGCCUGGACGGAGCCGGGGGGCUGGUGGAGCUCCAGCUCUCCCACAACCGUAUCUCUCGACUGGGUGGCCUGGAGGCUUUGAAGAAUCUGCAGAGCUUGUGGAUCGAUCACAACCAGCUCACGAGUUCCCGCGGCCUGACCGAGGCUUUCACGCUGCAGCACCUCGACCUGUCGCACAAUCACCUGACCAAGGCCGAGGGGCUUGACCACUGCGCCCUGCUCCGCACGCUGCGCCUGGCAGGAAACACGCUCAUGGAGGCUCCCAGUCUGAGGAAUCAUGUGCUGCUGGGAGAGCUGAUGCUGGAGGACAACAGCAUCUCCUGCCUGGAGGGCCUGGCCCGCUGCUGGUUGCCGCUGCUUCACAGCCUCAACGUGUCCCAGAACAGCCUUACCCAGCUCCCUCUGCUCUCUGACUUCAUCUCCCUGACCACGCUGGAUGUCAGUCACAACUGCCUCUCCGAGCUGCAGAGUGUUUGUGAGUGUGUCCAGGGAUGCUCCCAUCUGCAGCAGCUCAACCUGACUGGCAAUCCUCUUCAGCAAGACACCAGCUGGAGGUCCUCUCUGCUGGCCGCUGUGCCGGGUCUGCUGCUGGUGGACGGAGAGGAGACUGGAGUGUGUGCGUCGCCCCGGACCAGCCGGCCCAUGGAGGGCAGCGUCCAGGCCCUGUGCCAGACCCAGCAGCUGCAGCUCCUCCGCCUGCAGAGCACACAGUGGGCAGAGAUCAGCUCUGCUUCUUCGCCCUUGGAGGCCCAGCUCCUGUCUGGUUGCCAUAGCGAGGCACUUUUCCGGCUGGCCGAAGAGCAGCGGUACGCCCAUGAGUACGGCGACACCAGCAUCACCCACACACAGCCGGCCCCCACGCACCCUCUGGAAGCCCACUCCCCUGCACCGUGCUCACCCACCGCGGCCGCUGGGGAGGCCAUGCCUGCUUUGAAGUACGCCAUUCGGACCCCUUCCCCACCAGAGCAGCGUCCCACCCGGGCCUUUGGAGACCACCGGUCCUCACGGCCCUCUGACCCGCACGGUACCGGUUCAGCCGACCGACCCGAGCGGCCCGCUGCCACUGGUGGGCCGGACGUGGGCCAGCGCGCGCAGAGGCCCGGCCACGGCCUCCCUGACCGCAGCCCGGGCUCACGGCACGCUAAGCUGGACCUGAGGAGCAUGGCAGCUGUGAUCAUCCAAAAACACUGGCGAGGAUACCAGUGCCGCAGGAGGAAGUGCCCACCUGAAAGCCCAGAGGCUCAUGGGAGAUGUAGUCCUUCAGUGAGGAGCAAGCUUGGGAUGGCAUUGCCAAAGCCUUCAGACCGGGACCAUGCUGCCACUGUAAUUCAGGCGGUGUGGAGGGGCCACGCGCUGCGCUCCCGACUGCACCGGGCCCUGGAUGCUGCCGCUGCUGCUGCUGCUGCUGCCGCCACUGCUGCCGCUACCGCCACGGGGCACGCCGGCCCGGGAGACGACGAGGGCCUGGAGGAGGUGGACGUGGACGAGUUUGUUUUUGAUGAGGAAGCUGUGGACAGGGAUUGGACAGCGCCGUGUUCCGAUGGCGUCUCACCUCCCCGAGAGCAGACAGAGCUGGCGGUGCCGGUGUUGGCACACUCUCAGCGGCACCUGCUGCUGCCAAAGGCCCCCGCGCUCUCCCAGGACCAGGAGACGGCUCUCAUUAUCCGCAGCGAGCGGAGCCGAGGGGGGGUGGGGAGGACCCCACCGUGGGACUGGCCGUGUUCCGCAACCAUGGCGCCCAGCCCGCCGCUGGCCCAGUGCGUGGGAGAGCCCCCCCGGAGCGCCAAGACGUCCGUAAAGGGGGCCGGCGUGUCUGCUCUGCUGCAGGAGCCCAGGGAGAGCGGCCCGGACUGGGGCCUGAGAGAUGGGGGCACAGGGCUGCCCGCCUCCCCCACCCACACCCCGGCCUGCCUAAUGGGCUUAAAAGCCCAGCUAACAGCCGUGACUGCUGGGGUCCCCCACCUCCUCAGGCCCCUCAUGUCCUCAAGGAGGGCUGAGGACAGGGGCACUCUGAGCCACUGCUCCAGCUCCGGCUCCAGCUCCAGCUCCAGCCCCCGGCCCCUUCUGCCGCUCCCCGCCCUGGACGUCACUCACGGGGCAGCGCAGUGCAGCGCAGCGCAGGCUGUCGUGCUCCCCGUCGCUGAGACCCCGUUACUUUGCCGACGCGUUAAUGACGGGCGGCGGGAGAGGGAAAAUAAUCGCUGCUGA